AUGGUUACACAGAUUGAGAAGACGUUGAAAGAGAAGGAACGCAUGAAAUACAUAAACCCAGAGAAAGCUCUCGAAGAGAAGACUUUAGGCAACGAUUUGUUUAGUAAAGGUGAUUACCCGAAUGCCAUUAAACACUACUCCGAAGCCAUUUUACGCAAUCCGGACGACGCGAAGCUCUUCUCGAACCGCGCGGCCUGUUAUCAAAAGUUAGCUGAAUUUCAAUUGGCGCUCAGGGAUUGCGACAAAUGUAUUCAAUUAGAUCCCAAUUUCGUGAAAGGCUAUACGAGGAGAGGGUUGGCAUUGAUUGCGAUGAAGGAGUUCUCGAAAGCACAGGCGGCUUACGAAAAGGCUCUCGAAAUUGACAAAAAUAAUCAGGAAGCGAUCGAAGGCUUCAAGAAGUGUAUUCUGAGCUCCAGUUCCAAUCCGGACGAAGUGCGCAAACGAGCGAUGGCUGACCCAGAGGUGCAA